UUUUGCAUCCAGAAUUGGAAGUUUUUACUUUGGCUCUUCAUCCGGAAGGAAUCGAAAAAGGCUAUAAAGAGAGAUCAAAUAAACUAUAAGCAGCUGAACCGUGUGUUUUGCGAAGUGAAAGAGGAAAAGAGUGAUGGCUGCUCCACAACAUGAGGCGCCUGUUGGCAUGGACAGGUAUGACUACUUUGCACUGAAUGAGCAGCAGCAGGAGAAACUGAAUGAGCACAAGGUGGCCACCAGAAUUGCAAACGAGCACUACCUCAGACAGCACCCAGAAUUAGACUGUCUCCUCAAGAAACUCAUCAACAAAGUGUUGACUGAUAGACCUGACAACAUCCACGAGUACUGUGCGGACUUCUUCUCCCCCUCCUCCUCUACUUUGGACCAACUGGCAGAUGAGUUGAGUGAGGAAGUGGGUCAGGUUCAGAGACAACACAGUCAUGUGGAAGAGUUGGCCGCAGUGGCUCAGACACUUCCUCCCGAAGAACUCAUCUACAAUGAAGUGAAAUGAAUAAAUAACUGAAUUGUCAAUAAUCUUCAGUAAUUGAAUAAUCACUUGUUGAUUCACAUAGUAAUUAAUUUCUCCGUUUAUGCAAUUGCGGUGGCAGUGAUUAACAAGGUCCGGUAAAUCGAAAUUACAGCGUGUUAACUCCAUAUUGUUUCAGAUGCUCACACCGUAAUGACCACGGGGAAAUUUUAUCUUCUUUAUAAUUACUGAUAGUGGUCUAUGAAUUGUAAAUAUGUAAACAUGCAGUUAUGUAAAUAUGUCCAUACAGUUAUUGUAUAAAAAUUUAAAAACAAAAAUAGGACCUUGUUAAUUCAAUUUCGUUUUUAA